GAAGCAGAAAUUAGAGGUGCAAAAGAUCGAUGGUCGAACCAAGACUAAAGAGAGAAAUUAAACAAGAAAAGUAGAGGGCAAUUGUUAUCAUCAUCAGCCCCCCCAUGUUGUCCAUUAAAUGACCUUCUCUGUUUUCCAAACUACACCAUUAAAUGCCGUAGCUGCAACUGCACUUAAUCUACCCACCCACCCCCUCACUACCCCUAAACCCUCCUUUUCUUCUCAUGGACCUUCUCAACCCUUCUUCUCUCCCUUUCCAAUGUCCACCUCCGACCUCCGCCGCCAAUCACCCCCACCACCACCUGUAACCAUCGCCCCACCCGAUUCUACCUACACCCUUUCUCAGAACCUCAGCACCAUCGGCCUCGGCUACGCAAUUGCCAUAGCUCUCGGUUUCCUUGUUCUUCUCUCUACAGUCCUCCUUGCUUCUUACAUCUGCUGCCGUUCCGCCGCCGCUCGCCGUCGCCGCCGUCAGGCUCGAGCUAAUUCGCGAAACCCCAACAACAACAUCGAAAAUGGAAUUUACCUUCCCCGUAUCAUUUUCGUAGCGGAAGAUGAUGAAGAAAACGACGACGGAUUAUCACAAAACGCAACGUUGGGGCUUGAUCAAGUCGUUAUUAAUUCGUACCCGAAGCUGAUUUACUCCAAAAGGAACGGCGGAAGUGGAAACGGAAACGAUGUCGUUUGCCCUAUAUGCUUGUGUGAGUAUAAAGAUGGAGAGAUGCUGAGGAUGAUGCCGGACUGUAAGCAUUAUUUUCAUGUUAUGUGUUUAGACGCGUGGUUGAAAUUGAAUGCUUCGUGCCCGGUUUGCCGGAAUUCGCCGUUGCCGACGCCGUUAUCUACUCCGUUGUCGGAGGUCGUCCCUCUUUCUCAGUACUCCGAUGGCCGGCGAAGAGUAUGAUAAUUGGAAUGUUGAUUGAUUUUUUCGGCAAUUUGGAAGUGUAAAAAGUUUUAGUUAUUAGGGUCAAAUUAGUCACCUUUUGGGAACUUAAAUUUUUCAUUUUUGCCUUUUUUACUAUUAGGGUUAAAUCAUUUCUUAGAGGUGGAAUUGGCUUUGGUGUUGUGAUUAUUUUGUUUUGAUUACAUAGAAUGGAUGAUUGAGAAUAUCAAGCAUAACAAUAUGGGAAUUUCCAGUGGCAU